UGUCACUCAGCAAAGGGAGCUUUUACAGAAACUGAACGUUAGCAAAUCAAAAGCACCCCGAACAACGAAUACCACACCAUUUUGGGCGGCUCAGUCUAACAGAAUAUCUACACCGACAUGUCACGCUGUGAAUUAUUAUGAGCUGUAUAACACAUCAGGCACCAAUAAUGUUACUCUGUAUCUAACUUCUAACAAAAUUUCUAGUGGUAGACUGGGAAACCAAAUGUUUAUGUACGCGUCGUUACUUGGUCUCAGUCGGGCACAGGGGAGACAAAUGUUCAUCAAGCCUGGGACAAUUUUACAGAAGACUUUCAAGAUAUCAUACGUAAAUGUAACUGAAAGCAUUAAAGAGUGGCUGGUGGUAGAGCAAGAAUAUUUAUUCGAUGAGAAACUGAUGUAUCUUCCUUCGCAAAAUGUGAAAAUCAACGGUUACUUGCAAUCCUUCUUUUAUUUCAUUGCUGUAACGGAUAAAGUCAGACAAGAGUUUACUUUCCAUGAUUCUAUCGCCAAUGCUGCUGCCAACAUUCUUCGCCACGUUUAUGUGAAACACAACUCAUCGUUGAUUGUAGGGGUUCAUGUACGACGGGGUGACUUUCUAACUGAAAAGCAUAAGAAAAAAGGCUAUGGAGUUGCGGAAAAAUCAUAUUUCAUAAAAGCGUUUAACCUGAUAACAGCAAAAUUUCCAGGGAGAGAUCCUGUUUUUCUCGUGGCCAGCGAUGAUCUAAACUGGUGUACUGAAAACUUGUUAGGAAAUGACGUUUCUAUAAUGCCGCCUGCGUCAGCAGCUGUUCAUUUAGCUGUUUUAUCCAGCUGUGAUCACGUGAUAAUAUCCGGCGGUACUUUUGGGUGGUGGAGUGGAUGGCUGGCUAAUGGAUACGUUAUAUACUACACUGGUCAUCUGAAAGAGGGAACCGAUUUAGGAAACUUUGUUAGUAAAUAUCAUUACUACCCUCGCACUUGGAUAGGGCUGGGUAAUUAA